AUGUCAGCUCAUCUUGAUGUGUCUAUGGUCGUUCUGGCCGCCUCUACGGCCGUACUUGGAACCUUGGGGAUAGUGACAAACGCAGCUUCAAUCAUCUUCUAUGUCCGCAGACCGAUAAUGCGCACAUCGACCAAUCUUUUGAUGACCCACAAGGCAGCAGUCGAUUUCAUGUCCCUUCUGCCAUUCCCACUUCGUCUACUGCAGAUUCUGAGCGGAGAGGACGGCUAUCCCUUCAACGGAUGGCUGUGCAAGUCUGUCGUGACCGUAGAAACGCUCUGCAUGAUCAUCAAUGCCAACAUAAUCUUCGUCUUGGCAUACGACAGACUGACGGCCGUCAUCAGGCCGGGAGACGACCUGGACCGCUCCGUCACCAGGGCCCGUCAUCACAUCGCUGCUACCUGGGUUUACUGCCUCUUGCUGGCUCUUCCCGUUACAGCAGCGGGUUGGACUGUAUUAUGGCCGGCAGGAGACUCGCCACUCCGCCGGCCAACGUGUGGUUACCAGUGGCCGGCAGGCGAGAAGUACCACUCCAUGUACUUCGGCAGCAUCUUGGUUAUCAUCUUCGCCGGUCACCAUAUCGUCUACGCUUGCUUCGGCUACUUCACCUGGAAGCGAGUGCGGCAAAGGAAGGAGAACUUUUUGGCGCGGUACGACACCGUGCAACGGUGCCGGGCAGUGGCGGCCGUAAUCUGCCUCAACUUCGUCGCGUAUUUUAUCUUCUGGGCUCAGCACGUCUACGUCAUGAUCCACCUAGGGGACGAUCAGACCCACGUGCCCCACAUCCCCUCUGACCUGACAGACCCCCUGUCAGUGGCCGCAUCCGUUGCCGUCUACGUGGCAGCCAGCUCCAAUCUCCUCAUCUACGGCUCCAACAUGGAUCAGUGGAGGGGCGUGGCGCGGGACGCCCUGUGCUGUCGGUGCGGGCCGGGGGGAGGGGUAGUGAGGCCUCUGAACGAGGAGAACGCCGUGGCAGUCAUCGAUGUCACGGCUGCAACCGACGAGCCGCGGGGCAACGGGCACAACUGCGUCAACAACAACGACAAUGGAAGCAUGAUGAACCUGGGAACUCUUCAGCAUUCAGAUGAAGAGCUUGAGAUUCAGGAUAUUGCAUUAUGA